UAACUGCCUUCUGCACAGUUUUGUGUGAACUCAUACACACGGUGCUUAAGGAAGUACGGGGCAGAUCGCUGCUACUUGGAGAACAGCAGGGGCCUGUCAACAUGAGAAGUGAAGAGGAGGAUUACUACGGGAAACAUGGUGAGCCUCGGAAAUUCGACCCGACAUUCAAGGGACCCAUUCAUAACAGGCACUGCACAGACAUUCUCUGCUGCGUGUUAUUUGUUGUGGUAAUCCUCGGCUACAUCGCCCUGGGAGUGAUCGCCUGGGUUCAUGGUGAUCCGAAGAAAAUCGUGUAUCCUACCGACAGCAGGGGCCAGUUCUGUGGGCAGAAGGGGAGCGUCAAUGAGAACAAGACAAUCCUGUUCUACUUCAACAUCCUUAAAUGUGCCAGUCCUGUCGUGUUGACCAGCCUUCAGUGCCCCACCAAACAGCUCUGUGUUGAGAAAUGUCCGGAUCGUUUUGCCACCUACAUUGACAUGAAGUCGAUCUUCAGGGUGAACAGGACCUACUGGGAAUAUUACCGGCAGUUCUGUCAGCCUGGCUUCAAUAAUCCGAGGAAGUCUGCUGUGCAGGUGAUGCGAGAUGAAGAUUGUCCAUCUAUGAUCAUUCCCAGCCGACCAUUUCUCCGCCGCUGUUUUCCUGACUUCACCACCAAGAAUGGAAUCCUGACGGUAGCCAACAAAACCACCUUCCGAGAUGGCCGCGGGAAAACUCGCAACGUCACGGAUCUCAGGGAUGCAGCCAACAAAGUGAACCAGAUCCGGCACAGAUCCGACAGGGGAAUAAAUUACGUGCUUGACGCUCGGGAGGUUGGGAUGAAGAUAUUUGAGGACUACACCAACUCUUGGUUCUGGAUUUUGAUUGGCCUGGUCAUCACCAUGAUCGUCAGUUUGUUCUUCAUCCUCUUGCUACGGUUCACCGCCGGCAUUCUCUUCUGGUUCGUCAUCUUCGGGGUGAUCGCGGUGAUUGGCUAUGGGAUCUGGCAUUGCUACUGGGAAUACAGCAGCCUGAAGGGGAAGCCCGGCAGCGACAUCCCCAUCUCCGACAUUGGCUUCCAGACUGACCUGAGGGUCUACUUGCAGCUCAGACAGACCUGGCUUGCCUUCAUGAUCGUGCUGUGCAUCCUGGAAGUCAUCGUCAUCCUCAUGCUGAUUUUCUUACGGAAAAGAAUUAGUAUUGCAAUUGCACUCCUCAGGGAAGGGAGCAAAGCCAUUGGAUAUAUUAUGUCUACCCUCUUCUACCCUAUCAUCACUUUCCUGCUCCUAGCCCUCUGCAUUUGCUACUGGGCUGUAACAGCCAUAUUCCUGUCGACCUCUGGUGAGGCGGUGUACAAGGUAAUGGCCAGUCAUGGCCAGUGUAAAUAUGCAAACACCACGUGCAAUCCUGAGACAUUCAACACCAGCAAUGUCACCAAGCUGUGCCGGGGAGCACAAUGUGCCUUUGCGUUCUACGGCGGAGAGACCGUUUACCACAAGUACAUCUUCAUCCUUCAGCUGUGCAACCUCUUCGUCUUCCUGUGGCUGGUCAACUUUGCCAUUGCCCUGGGCCAGUGCACCUUGGCCGGUGCCUUCGCCUCCUACUACUGGGCAUUCAAGAAGCCAGCAGACAUACCAUCUUUUCCCCUGCUCGCCUCCUUCGGCCGCGCCUUGAGGUACCACACCGGGUCGCUGGCCUUCGGCUCUCUCAUCCUCGCCCUCGUUCAGUUUAUCAGGGUCAUUCUGGAGUACCUGGACAACAAGCUGAAAGGAGCACAGAACAAGUUCGCCAGGUUCCUGUUGUGCUGUCUCAAGUGUUGCUUCUGGUGUUUAGAAAAAUUCAUCAAAUUUCUGAACAGGAAUGCUUACAUAAUGAUUGCCAUCUAUGGUAAAAACUUCUGCACAUCGGCGAAGGAAGCUUUCUUUCUCCUGAUGAGGAACGUUGUGAGGGUAGCGGUGCUGGAUAAAGUGACGGACUUCCUGUUGUUUCUGGGAAAACUUCUCAUCGUUGGGGGUGUGGGAGUUCUGGCCUUUUUCUUCUUCACACGGAGGAUAACCAUCAUCGCGGAGGAAGCUCCCUCGCUGAACUAUUACUGGGUCCCUCUGGCGACAGUCAUUUUCGGUUCCUACCUGAUUGCACACGGAUUCUUCAGCGUCUACGCCAUGUGUGUGGACACCCUGUUCCUCUGUUUCCUGGAAGAUUUGGAACGAAACGAUGGCUCAGAGGAGAGACCGUACUUCAUGAGUAAAACUCUGAUGAAAAUUCUGAACAAGAGGAACCGCGAGAAUGAGGAGAGGCAAAAGAGCCUCUAACCCGCAUCCACCUGGCACCGACAAUGUCCAGAAGCGGUCCUGAGGAGUUUCGCUGGAACGUUCUCUAAUCCUUGACGUAUUCAAGUUACUUACAAGCAAUUUUUCUGUGUUUGGGGAAGAGGCCUCGCUUUCGUCCCCCAGUAACAAGUGUGCAGGAGCCAGGAGUUCUAGGAGGACGUGUCCCGUCUGUGCGUUGGGUACGCUGGUGUCCGUAGUGCGUCCUGUGACCGGUGAAUACUGGUCUGCAAAGACCCUGAGCUCCGACCCUUUCCACAAGGUGUCGUGGUGAGAGAUUUGGCCAGAUUCGUGUGGGGAGCGGCUAUCCAGUCACAGAGGGUGGUGCAUCACAGCUCAGUUCUACUACCUUCCGAUGAGGGUGAGAGUAUUCAGCGCCUGAGGGAAAGAAUUCCCAAUGCCUCUCCCUUUGGGUGAGGGAAAACUCCUUUACUCCUGUGGAGGAGGCCAUUCUGCCCACAGAACCAUGCUGUUCUUGUUAAUCAUUAACCACCUAUUGAUACCCCUCCCCUUUGCCACAACAACCCCACGCUCUGGGGACAACUAACCCAUGUCUUUGCGAACUGGAGCACCCAGGGGAAACCUCCACACAGACAGCACCAGAGGUCGGGAUCGAACCCGGGUCUCUCGACCGGCAGAGAGCGGCUCUACCCGCUGUGCGACUGUCCCAGCCAGGGAGCUGACAUGAUGAACUGAGUGGCCUAAUUCUGCUCUGGAGUUUUAUAGCAUCGAUCAGGGAGGGGGUUCCUCUGGGCAUAGUCUCCCAGUCAGGGCAGAUAUGUAAAUUCAAAGGGACAAACCACACAAUGAGAGGGACCAGUCCUGUUCUUGCCCCGUCUUCACUGGGCUGUGAUCGUGGGUAGGUGCCAAACACGGGAUCCCGGUGAUCUGGCAUUUCUUUGACUGUUUUUUUAUGGAUUACUAACAGGGCCAUACAACUCUACUGUUGCUCCACACAAACUGAUCACUGCAUGACGACUUUAAGCUUUAUAUUCUAACCCAUCUCUUCUGCUGUGCAGAAAGCGGAGCAAUUUUUGCUGUAAAUGCUUUGUGCAAUUAACUGGCCACGUUUGGUAUUUGAUGCCUUGUAUUGUCCAUUACUAUCUGUCCCCUCGGUUGGCCCAAUUUUAUUGAAUAGCACUGCAUUGAAAUAUUUCCAUUUAAUAAAGGUUUUUAAGUAACUGGGCUGUUGCUUAUGG